AUGCACCGCGCCUACCAAUCGAUUACACCAGCUAAUAACAAGCUUCUAAAGCAAAAAUGGGAUAAAACGCGGUUUGACGCGCACCGAACUAAAGUCAGCACAGCAAAGCCUGUCAUUGAUAACCGUCCACCAAAGACUUACAUGCAUCUCCAUUUAAAGCUGAAAAAACUGCAGAUGGAAGAGGAACGACUAGCAAUCGUGGAGCGUGAUAAUAACAUCUUGCUUGAGAAAAUGUCUUACAUCAUGCGCACUAGAGGACGCGUGGAUAACAAUAAUGCCUAUGGAGAGAAGAGUUUGAACAAGACGAAACGACAGAGGGAGCUACUGCGGAUAACACACGAGAACCAGGCUAUAUGGAAGCGCAUAACGACGAAAGAACCGCAUUACAAUCACAUGCAAUGGGAUGAUCAGUGGAAAGUGAACCUGAGUUACAUGUCUAACAUAUCCAAGUACCCCCUGCUGCCAUUACACUUCAAGACCCAUUCAGUUAAGUCCGGACAGAAGGAAGACGGUACAUCUAAUGCCAACAAACUUCCUGAUGUACACAUAACCAACUAGGCGCAACGUGUGCUAUUAUGUACACAUAUACCCCACACUUAGACUUAUAACGUAAUUAACUAAACCGACUUGAUCAUGAGGUGUAAAUAAUAAAAGUGUGUUCUGUGGGAAAAUGAUCCGUAAUUUCAUUACUUUACAUAUUUAAUAGGAAAUUAGAAUAUAAUAAUGACAUAUAAAACAUCAUAACGAUGACAAACAUGAGUGUGAUAGGUUAUAAUGUAACAUGCUUCCGUAAAACUCUCUCUCUCUCU